CCUGUGCCGGCGGCGGGCUACUUUCCGCUUCCGGGUAGCGCUUCUCUCUGGCGCGCUCUUGAAGCUAAGCGGUCGCCAUGGAGCUGUUGGGAGAGUACGUCGGGGAGGAUGGGCAGCAGCAGCGGCUGCGGGUGUCCUGUGAGGCACCGGGUGACGCCGACCCUUUACAGGGCCUGUUGUCGGGAGUGGCCCAGAUGAGGGAGCUGGUAACCGAACUCUUCGGCCCCCUGGUACAGCAGGAAGCGCAGCACCGGCUGGCGGCGGCUCCGGACGAGGCCUUGGACGGUGAUGAUGAAGAUGAUGCAGAAGAUGAAAAUAACAUUGAUAACAGACCUAACUCAGAUGGACCAUCUGCAAAACGGCCAAAACCACCAUCUUAACAGUAGCCUUACGAAAUUUUAAAGACUGCUACUAUAUCCUAAUUAUCACACACUGACAUUUAAGGAAGACUUGUGCUCUAAUUUGAGACAACUUUGUCAAAAAGAAAAUGGUUUCUUCUGUUUCUAGCAAAGAAAGAUAAUAAACGUUUAGAAAUGAAA